UCGGUAGAGAGCGCGGGCCCCGAGGAGCGGGACGGGGUAGGGUUGGGAUGGGAUGGAGCAGGGAGGAGGGCAGCGACAGUGCUGGGACCAGACAAAGCGGGCAGGGCUGGGCACGGGUUGUGCUCCUCUCCCCUGCGGGUCCGCCGCCGCCGCUCGGUCCGUGCGCUCUUACACACUCACGGCUUCACCCAGUUGUCCGAUCACACCACGGCAGAAAGCAGGAUAGGAGCUGAACUAGCGAUACUAUCUUAUUUUAUUUUUUAGGUGUGUGCUUUGGGGUGCUUCACUUCUUGUGGAUUGUUAUUUGCUGCUGUCAGUUUGUCAGUGCAGGCUGGCAGAUGGACAUCACUGCAUGUGAACGGACAUGACUGGGACGAGAGAACACGGUCUUAAGCUGUGCCAGGGGAGAUUGAGGUUGGCCAUGAGGAAGAAUUCAUGGAAGGGGUGACUAGACACUGGAAUGGGCUGCCCAGGGAGGUGAUGGAGUCACUGUCCUUGGAGAAUUAAAAUGCUUUCUAUGGGGACUUCUGCUUCUGAUGCCAGGACUCUUCUGAAGACCUCGUUUGUUGCAUGGUUUAAAGGAAGAUGAUGUUGUUAGUGAAUACUGAGCAUCCUUCAGGAGGCUGAUGACUCCUCUGUCAUUGGUGUGUGCUGUCAUGGACAACUUCAAAUGCUCUUUUUCAAAACACCACAGGCAGUUAAUGCAACUUACAAAGGACUCCUGACUUUCUGCAUCUUCCUAAGUCCAAUCUAAAUGUCACCAGUGUUUCCCAUGUUAACAGUUCUGAGCAUGUUUUACUACAUGUGCCUUCGGCGCCGAGCUAGGACAGCGACGAGAGGGGAAAUGAACAGUCGCAGGGCUAUUGAGUCCAACACCCGAGCCUUACCUAUCAAUGUUGAAAUAGUUCAGUAUGCCAAAGAAGUGCUGGAUUUCAGCUCUCACUACGGCAGUGAGAACAGCAUGUCGUAUACCAUGUGGAAUUUAGCGGGUAUUCCCAACGUGUACCCUAGUUCUGGUGACUUCACCCAGACUGCCGUCUUCCGAACUUACGGGACCUGGUGGGAUCGUUGCCCGAGCGCUCGGCUGCCUUUCAAGAGGACACCAUCCACCUUCUGUAGCCAGGACUAUGUGGAACUUGCUUUUGAAGAGCCAGUUUAUCCCACUGCAGUGCACAUUCUGGAAACCUAUCAUCCUGGAGCUAUAGUCAGGAUUUUGGCAUGCUCUGCAAAUCCUUACUCACAAAAUCCACCAGCUGAAGUAAGAUGGGAAAUACUUUGGUCUGAGGCACCUACAAAGGUGAAUGGUCCUCAGGCUCGGCAGUUCACACCUUGUAUCAAACAGAUAAACUUUCCCACAAACCUAAUCCGGCUGGAAGUGAACAGCUCCCUCCUGGACUAUUACACUGAAUUGGAUGCAGUAGUGCUACAUGGUGUGAAAGAGAGGCCUGUGCUUUCACUUAAGACUUCAAUGAUUGAUAUGAAUGAUAUAGAUGAAGAGGAGGAUGAAGAAAAAUUUGCAUGUGGAAUGGACACCCUUAAUAAACAGUUCAGCAUUGUUACUCUCAGGGAAUGGCCAACUAAUGGAUAUUUUGAUAAACUGCCUUAUGAGCUCAUCCAGUUGAUUUUGAGUCACCUUACAGUACCAGACCUGUGUAGACUAGCACAAACUUGUAAGCUACUGUAUCAACAUUGCUGUGAUCCUCUACAGUACAUUCAUCUCAGUUUACAACCUUACUGGGCAAGGAUUAAUGACACAUCCCUGGAGUACCUACAGUCUCGCUGCACUCUCAUCCAGUGGCUGAAUUUAUCUUGGACUGGAAACAGGGGAGCCAUCUCUGUUUCUGGAUUUAGCAGAUUCCUGAAAGUCUGUGGCUCUGAACUAGUACGUCUUGAGUUGUCUUGUGGCCAUUUCCUCAAUGAAACGUGCUUGGAGGUCAUCACUGAAAUGUGUCCAAAUCUUCAGGAAUUAAAUCUCUCAUCAUGUGAUAAAAUACCACCUCAGGCUUUCAACCACAUAGCCAAAGUGGGCAGCCUAAAGCGUCUCAUUCUCUACAGAACGAAAGUGGAGCAAACAGCCCUGCUCAGUAUUUUGAACUUCUGCUCGGAGCUGCAACACCUCAGUCUGGGCAGCUGUGUCAUGAUUGAAGACUAUGACCUUAUAGCGAGCAUGAUGGGAGCAAAAUGCAAAAAGCUUCGCAGUCUGGAUUUGUGGAGAUGCAAAAACAUAACUGAAAGCGGGAUCGCGGAAUUGGCUUCAGGCUGCCAGCUUUUGGAAGAGCUUGAUCUUGGUUGGUGCCCUACGCUGCAGAGCAGCACAGGCUGCUUCACAAACCUUGCGCGCAAGCUCCCGAAUUUGCAGAAGCUCUUUCUGACGGCCAACAGGUCUGUGUGUGACACAGACAUCGAGGAGCUCGCUGCCAACUGUACGCACUUACGGCAGCUGGAUAUACUGGGAACGAGGAUGGUGAGCCCUGCAUCUUUAAGAAAAUUGCUGGAGUCUUGUAAAGAUCUUUCUUUACUCGAUGUGUCCUUCUGUUCGCAGAUUGAUAAUAGAGUUGUGCUAGAACUGAAUGCCAACUUUCCUAAUGUGUUCAUAAAAAAGAGCUUCACCCAGUGACUCUGUACAUAUGCUGCUGUGGGACUCGUUUGACAGAGUUGUUUUCCUGUAAAUUUGUGCUAAUUUUUUUAAGGAGAAUAUAAAUCUGCUAUAAAAUAGUGGAAAGUAUUAAUUAUCUACACAAAUGGGUAAAAUACAUUUAAAUGUAUUAUGUUUCUUAAAGUUGAUAUUGUACCUAAGAAUUAUUUUAUUCUGUUAAUUGGUGGCACUGCAUGUUUUUAAAUACCAGCCAUAUGUCUGGCUUUAAUGAGAAGCAAAUGAAUAUCUUCUUAAAUGUCCCUUCACAGGGUGUUAUACACAGUACACUAUGUUAAUAUCCAGGUGAAAGCAGAAGUUCAAUAUUUAUCAGUAAAGAAAAUAUGGGUGCUUCCUUUUCAUGUGUUUGUGUGUGUAUAUAUAAAUGUGUACAUAUGUAUUUGUAUAUACAUACACAGAUAUUGUAGCAUUCUAGUUUGGCCUGCAGCAUAAGAUUUUAUGAUCUGGCCUAUAAUUAGUUAUUUGGAAGCCAGUUUAAGUGUGUAUAAGAGGAGAUAGAAAAGGCACUUUGUCGUCUUCAAGUUUUGGCAGUGAAUUGUAUCUGAUACAGUUUUCUCCCUUCCUUCACAUGAAGUAGAUGUAAUGAUGUUUUACAAUCCAGCCUAAGCAACACAACAAAUAAAUGGAAGAACCUGCACCACCUGAACUUAGAACAGAAAUGAAAGAUAAAAUUGACAGCUGCUUCUUGGUACUGAGAUAUAAAGUUUAAGCCAGGUACUUAAUAUCAUAAUGGACAAUGUGUGGAAAACUCCAGAGUAGUUUUCUUUUUCAAAUUUCUGUCAUGGUCAAGACUUGAUUUUUGAUACAUCUAGUUAUUGUGCAGAGUACCAUGAAAACUAGAACUUAGUUUCGUUAGCAGCUGUCCUUUCACUGGCAUCAAAUCUCCUGUCAGGUGUAAAAACAAGCAUCUUUGUUCAGUAAAACAGCAAUGAAAAUAUAAUGGUUUAAAACAAGGGCAAUAUGAUUUGAUGACUUUUAUGAUCACCAAACCUUAGUACUGGAUUUGUUUUGUUUGGGUUUUUGUUUCAUUUUGUUUUUCCAAGAAGAGAGUAGCUCAAAGUACUGUUGCAUUCUCUGUUUAAGACUGCUUAACCUCUGGAGAAGGAAAACUGUUGAUGGGCAAUUUCUGGGAGUUUUUUUCCUUUUGCACUUUCUUGAAUGAAGGUUUUCUCUCUUUUUUUCUUUGAAUACCACUGCUAGGGUAUGUUGCUAUGUACAGCUUUGGUUUAGAAAUUUACCUUUUUAGCCAUUGUUGAUGCAUAUGGACCAUAAAAUAUACGCUGUCUUUUGAUACUGCUCCUGUUAUUCUUGUAUUGAUGGCACUUAUUACCUACUGGAAUAGGAAGAAAAAUACUUUGUCUGAGAGAAGUACAGUAUUGUACUGAAGAUCAGUGACAAAGAACACUUCAGUUCAUGCAGUAAAUAACCAACUGCUACUAGAGGACUUUUGCAAAUGGCUAAAAAUCUGACAAUCUCUGUGAGUCCUGAAUGACUGCUUUGAACUCUUUGUGCUGGUGCCAAUACUUUAUAAACCAUGUCAUGAAACAGCUACAGAACAUCUAUCUGAUUUUAUUGAAAGACCUACUUCUUCAGAUUUUUAAAUUUUGCUGAAUCUCUGGGGAAUUCCAGAUCCAAAGAAGGGCAUGCACAGUUGGCUUUUUGAUUUUUUUUUUCCUCAACACAGAUGGCACUAUGGGAUUUCCAACUAGUUUAUGCCAUUCCAUUUUUUUCUUCUUUAGAAAUCUGGGCAUUGUCAGAGAACUUUAGAUUGAUUUACUUUUUUUGUUCUGCACUGAAAAAUGUCAGCUUUGGUAUUAUUCUCUGUGAGACCUCAUUUUUCUCAGUCAUGUUUGGAUUCAUUUGUUUUUCUGUGGACUUUUAACUUUUUUAGUCUGUAUUUUUCAUUGUAAUUGAGGAUUAAACGUUAUUAUUCUAGUUACAGGAGAACACAGGUACAGAUAAUGGGAGUUUACAAAGAACAGAGUUUCAAAACAAAAGUUUUUGUUGUAAAAUUUUACUUCUCAGGGGUUGUUCUGUGUUUAUCUCCUUUUUUCUCUAGAGAUUUGUUUUGUUUGUUUUUCAAUGUAAAUAGAAUGGGAUGUGGAUGAAGUGAUACCCAUUGUGCCUUCAAACUGGUAAACUUGGUAGAUAACACAGUUUAACUUCUCAUCAGUGAAUCAAAUAAGUGUUUUUGUAAUCGUGUACGUGUAAAGAAUUUCAUUCUCUUGCUUUUUA